AUGACCAACGAUAUAGGGGGAAGGAGGCAGAGGGGAUUACCUGGUUUGAUGGGCAUCACAGGACCGGAGGGUCUCAGAGGAAGAGACGGACCGCCUGGGCUCCAGGGUGAAAAAGGACUGAAAGGUCACAAGGGACAGAAGGGCAUGGCAGGACCUCAGGGGUUAUCUGGACCGCCGGGGAUUACCGGACACCCGGGUGCUCUUGGAGACGCCGGAGAACCUGGAGCACAAGGCUUUGUGGGGCAACAAGGUCCUCCGGGUGCCAGGGGAGAUGAAGGUUUCCCAGGUCCAGCAGGUUCGGGGCAGCCUGGAUUCCUCCUGGUGAUCCACAGUCAGACGGAGGCGGUGCCAGAGUGCCCGGCGGGGAUGGCGUUCCUCUGGAGCGGGUACAGUCUGCUCUAUAUGGAGGGUCAGGAGAAAGCGAUCACGCAGGACCUGGGUCGGGCCGGUUCUUGUUUGCGUAUUUUCAGCACCAUGCCCUUCUCCUACUGUAACUGUAUAAGCCCGUUGCCCAUGAUGCUCGUGGCGGGCGCAGCGAUCCGCCAGUACAUCAGUCGGUGCGUGGUUUGCGAGGCGCCCGAUUUUGUGGCGGUUCACAGCCAGGACGCCAGCGUGCCCGUUUGUCCUGCGGGCUGGAGUGGACUGUGGAUCGGCUACUCCUUCCUCAUGGUGAGUGUCUUCAUACGGAGAGUAAAUACCUCCCUGACCUCAUCCGGGAGCUGUCUGAAGGACUUCAGGUCGCAGCCCUUCGUGGAGUGCCAGGGUCCACGUGGAACGUGCCACUAUUUCGCCAAUGUUUACAGUUUCUGGCUGACUCGGGUGAGCAACGAGGAGGAGCUCGGUCUGGCUCCGGUGCCCGGCGUACUGAAGUCGGCCGGGGAGCAGCGGGCGCGCGUCAGCCGAUGCCACGUGUGCAUGAAGCGGUGA